AUGAGGGACCCAGAGGACGUCUCCCGAUCACGCGCGAGCGAUCGCGCUGCCCACGCGGUCACCUUCCCGCAGCGUCGCCUCCCUGAAGUCGGGGAUCGCCUUAUCCCGAAGCAUAUCUGCAAGUCAGAGGAGCUCAGACUUGUUCUUGGUCGGUUCUUGGAAGCGGAGAAGGAUGAGCUGGCCGCCGCGCGCCCGAUGGGGAUCCGCCCUGCAGCUGCUGAUUUCCCCCCGGGGCCCGGGUCGAAGAUGGAGCUGGCGCGCGCGGCGCCCUUCCAGCAAUGGUGCAACGCGCAGCAGAUCCAGGCUUUCGAUCAGCUUUCCGCCAGCGCCCCUCAGUACUCUAAAGAAGGCCAUCCAGCGGGCAGCGGGUGCUGCUCCUGGAUGCACAUGCUAUGCUAUGCUGCGCUGUCUGCGAACCCCUUUGGAGUGGAGCUCCUGCGCGACGCGACGCUCGGCGUGUCCCAGGGCAUUGCGCCGUCCGCCAACGAGAGCUUCACGCUGCAAUCUGUCUCGCCGAGAGCGGUCUGUCUCAACUACCUGCUGCUAGUGCUCCGCAGGCACGUGAUUGACGUGGAACUGGGGGCUCUCGUUUCUGCAUGUCGUGUUCGUCUUCGCACGUUCAGCACCGAGGACGGGCGGCAGUGGAGGGCCCAGCGCCAGGCGGCGCUGGAGGGGCUGCAGCUCGCGCAGCGGAGGUGGCGCCAGAGCCAGGUCGAGCGGGAGAGGAGGACGCUGACGGCGCAGCCCGCGCUGCUUGCGCAUGGCAGCCCGCCUCCCAGCGAUCACGACGCGACGGCCCUCGCCGGCGACGUCAGCUCCCCGCCGCGGCACGCAGCCGAGGGCGCAGGGGCAGCGGCAGGCGCCUUCGCCCUCGCCGCGAGCGCCGCGGCCGCCCAGCAGCGCGGGGCCGAGGAGCCCGCGAGGCCGGCGUCGCACGCCGGCUCCGAGGCGGCGAGCUGCGUGUGGGGCUCGGGGACGAUAACGCCCACGCCCGCGCCGCCGCCGGAAGGGCUGAGCGGCAUGCUGGGGAGGCUCUCGUCCGUGAAGCUCUUCGAGGAGACGCCGCCCGGAACCCUGGCGCCGCGGGACCUCCCCCGCCUGCUGGACCGGACGCCCCACCGCCUGCUGAAGUCGCCGCCCGUCAGGGCCUCGCCCAAGGACUCGUCGAAAGGCUCCUCGAAGUCCUCCUCGAAGUCCUCCUCCACCAGCCGGGCGCAGCGCCGCCGCGCCCACCAGCCGGGCGACGCGGCGGCGGACGCCAGCGGCGGCGGAGGGUCAGUGCACGACCCGUUCGACCACGACGGGGAGAUGCAGUCGUUGCCUUCUCAGGAUGACGCUUGGGACCCGGAUUCGUCCAAGCGCUCAUCGUUGGCACAAGUCGACGCCGGCGCGCCCAUCCUCGAGGAGGAGGACGAGGAGGACGACCCGCGGGAGAGCGGCGUCUGCGUCUCCGACCUGGGCCUUGAGCUCUGGGAGGAGUGGCGGGCCGAGUUCCCCCUGGAGGUGCUGAACAGCCUCGCGGAGUUCUACGAGGGCUGCGAGGUGCAGGAGGACGGCAGCCGCGCGGCAUGCCUGGGCCGCGUGGGGGAGGCCAUCUCUGGGGCGCUGGCGCUGGGGCGCGAGGCCGUCGACCAGGAGGCCGCGGCGCGGGGGCUAGUGCUGCCAGCCCCGCCGCCGGCAGGCGUUGCCCGGGGCGGCGGCGGAGUUCAGCCUGCCGCUCCGCCGGGGGGCGAGCCCGAGGCCAGUGCUUCCGAGGACCUCCAGAGGUGGGGCAGGCUGCUCUCAUUCGCGACCUUGCCGGGCCUCCUCGACCUCGCGCGAGGCGCGGUCUGCCGCGUCGAGAAGGACGACCCCAGGCGCCUCUGGUCCGCCGACGCCCUUCUGGAGGUCCAGCUGAUCUUCCGGCGCAACAUGAACGCCCUGCAGCGGCUGCCAGUGGCCCAGCUGUUUCAGGUUCUGGGCUCCCUCGGCCUGGAGGUGCUGCGGGCGGACAGCGUGGAGACGCAGCGCUGGCUCGUGGACGUGACGAAGGAGGUCGUGCACGACCGGGGCACUCGCGCCUCCAAGCUCGGCGUGGGCUCCAUCUCCUUCCAAGAGUUCCUGCAGAUAGCCACCGUCGCGCUCAGGGAGAAGGAGCGUCAAAGGCGGCGGGCCGCGUUCCAGCUGGAGCAGGCCGCCUGGCGGGCGGCCGGCUUCCGCCUCCUGGAGGCCGAAGACUUGCGCGAGCUGCACAGCGCCUUUGUCGCGGCGGCCGAGAACGACUCCACGGCAGCCCUAUCACCCGUCACACUCGUCGUCACUCUCAAUUUCGUCCUCGCCGCCACGUUCACCAUCCUCACCCUCACACUCACCCCAGCCGCGUCGCCACCACCACUCAUCGUAGCCGCCCCUUUGACUCUCACCAGCACCUUCACCUUCGCCGCCAGCAUCCUGAACCCACCCUGA